AUUCCCAGCAAUAACAACAAAAAUCAUCACGCACACAACGACGACAGCGCACCAACAGCCACUCACUGACAGGCGGAUUGUUGUGUGUGUGUGUGUGUGUGCGUGAGAGGGGACGAGUACCACACAGCCAUGUUCUUCAAAUUGACGCUAGAGCACGAUGUGCUUCUGCCGCCACGAUUCCUUGGACCACAGCUCGCAGAGUCCAUUCGACGAAAGCUGUACGAGGAUGUGGAAUCAAAGUGCAUCGGAAAGCACGGAUACAUUGUGUCGGUGAUUGAGAUUGUCAAGAUUGGCGAGGGCGAAAUCCUGGUUGCGCGUGGCGAGACAUUGUUUCCGGUCACAUACAGAGCCCUGGUGUUCAGGCCCGUGAAAAACGAGGUCGUUGAUGCCAUCGUCAGCACUGUUACAAAGAUGGGUAUCUUUGCGGAAGUGGGGCCUCUGCGCGUGUUCAUUCACUUCCAGUGGAUCCCCAACAUGGUCUUUGACGACACAGCCAACCCGCCAUGUUUCAGGACAGAUGACUUUGCUGAGAAGAUUCAGCCCGAAGACAGCAUACGCAUUCGCAUCCUCGGCGUACGCGUGCAGGCAUCAAGCAUCGCGGCGACGGGCAGCCUUGCAGGCGAUUUCCUUGGUUACGCGGGAUAAUGAACAGCCGCACACUCGUGUGUGCGUGUGUGUGUGCGUGUGUGUGUGCGUGU